CACCGCCCGCCGCCGGAGCGCCGUGCGGAGUGGCGCUGCGCGUGCGGCACGUACAACUUCGAGACCCGCGGGGCGUGCCGCCAGUCUGGCGCCGCCCGCGCUGGGGCGAAGGCGAGCUGCUCGCCCCCGCCGCCGGCUGCCCCUGCGGGCGACGCCAGCGCAGCCUGGCCGGCUCUGCCAGGCGCCCGGGGCCCCCGCCCAGGGGCCCAGGCGGAAGCCCUCCGCCAGGCAGCCGCCGCGGCCAGGCGCGCUGGGGCUCCGGCUGCGGCCGUCGAGCCGCUGCUGGCGGAAGAGCGCGCCGCGAGGCAGCGACAAGCGGAGCGCCGCAGCGGCAACCGCCUGGAGGGCCUGCGGGCGGCGGCGCAGAAAGCAGCCACAGCAGCGCAAGCCGCGGAGGAGGCGCUGGCGGCCGCAGAGCGCCACCUCGAAGACGCCCGCGCGAAGGCCGCUGCGGCCGAGCUGCUGGACCGCCUCGAGAACGGGGCGCAGGCCUGGGGCGGCGCGCCAGAGCCGCUGCCGGCGGCGAUGGCGGAGGCGCACGCUGUCUUGGCGGCCGUGGAGGAGCCGGCCGCCGAGCUCGCCGCCGAGGAGGCCGAGGACCUGGACGACGACCCGCUGCUGGGCGGCGACCAGAGCAGGCGCUGGGACGACCUUCGCGCAGAGGAGGCCGAGGAAGGCGCCAUGCUGGAGGAGCUCGACCGCGCCGAGGCAGGCGACGACGGGGCCCUCCUCGACUCGAAGCGGCCCGCCGCCUGCGCGGG